AUGGCAUGCUCAGUUGACACCCAUCUCCAGAGCGGAGACUGUCGUUUGCAUGAAACUGGUGACGGAAGCUACGAGGAGGGGCUGGAUUCUGUUUCUGUUGGUCCUAACAGCGCGUUGCCGGGCUUGCGAAGCUGGCUCGGCAGCGGGGCUUCCCAGCUCGCGAAAGGGGGUGCUAAAUACCGCAUCAUGUGCUAGGGAUGGAAGGUACAUCAACCGAUGCUGCCGAAUAGAUGAAGCUGCCAGGAGUGUUCUUGGACUGCGAGGAGGCUCGGGGGCGAGCAUUGGAGGAAGCACCAGUGCACCAAGAGGCGGCCGUCUGCACGGCGGAGACGCCGACCUCAGCGCUGGCGGUAAUGUUAGUCCUGAUGAAGUGAAGGAGAACCAAAAGCAUGAGGGUGGACUGGUGGAAGAGGCGAAAUGGCUUGACAGCGCCGAGUCAGGCGUGCAACCCAAAACUGCCCCCGCGUACCAGCUGGUGUUGCGGAGUUGCUUCUUGCUACUGGUGUUUCUCUUCCCCCUGCUGAGCGCGGGCCUUGCCUAUCUCUCCUCUUGGUUCAGAGAAAAGGUGUGGUAUCGAGCUUUGACGUAUUCCAUCGGGAAGAGCGGUACGGCCUUCAUCAAAUGGGGCCAGUGGAGCAGCACACGGCCGGACAUGUUCCCUGAGGGGCUGUGCGAAUCGUUGUCCGUGCUUCACAAGGGAGCCCCUUCCCACAAGCUCGCCCACACCAAGAAACUGGUGGAGCGAGCGUACGGCGGCCGGCCGAUAUCUGAGGUGUUCGCAUGGUUCGAGUCGAAGCCGAUCGCAAGCGGGAGUAUUGCACAGAUCCACAAGGCCAUCUUGAAUGGGGAAGUGGUCGCCGUCAAGGUGCGACACCCCAAGGUCAAGGAGCGCAUGUUCCUCGACUUCCUCUUGAUGAAAAAGAUCGCAUCCUUCGCUGAUCGGAACCCCUCCCUCAAGUGGAUGAACCUGGGCCCCAGCAUGGAACAGUUCUCCAACACCAUGUCCGCGCAGACGGACCUGGUGCUAGAGGCGAAGCACCUCAACGAGUUCAACUUGAACUUUAACGGCGAAGCAUGGUCUGACUGUGCCUUCCCCGCCGUAAUCCACUGUGUCGAAGACGUCCUGGUGGAGACGUUCGAAGAGGGCAUCGUCGUUGCGGAGUACGCCAAGCUGUUUGCGAAAAACUCGCGUGAUGGAAACGUGGGGUUGUGGAAGAGGGGACUGACUAACCUCCUGGGCAGGCCAAGUCGGGACCGAGAGAAGUCGUUGGAGGGAGGGACACCGGAUCCUGCCCUUGGGCAUUUCAUUGUUACUCGCGGGGAGGACAUGUGGCUCAAGAUGGUGCUCAACGACGGCUUGCUCCACGCCGAUUUACAUCCGGGCAACAUUCUUGUACAUGCCCCAAAGGAUGGCACGAGUGCACCUCGAUUGGUGCUCGUGGAUGCCGGCAUGGUCGCAAAACUGUACGGCCACCAGCAACGCCACUUCGUUCGACUUCUGGAAUGCUUGGGAUCGGGGGACGGGAUCGCCGCCGGCCAGGCCGUGUUGCAGUUUUCGACGAAGCAGAGCUGUGUAGGGGAACACGAGCAGGCGGCCUUUCUUGCGGAAAUGGACAGCGUGUUCAAAGAGAAAUGCAGGGGAUAUCACACGGCAAAACGUGGAUGUGGGGAACAUCUUGCGGGGGGUCUUAACCUGCGUACGGCGGCACUCAGUGCGUGUGGAUGUGGAAUACGCCACGCUGAUUCUCAAUAUACUGUGUCUCGACGGCAUGAGCAAGGUGCUCCUGCCGACAUACAACAUCCUCGACGGGGCGCAAUCACUGCUGGAGGCGCAUAAAGUCGGUCGCCGGUUGGUUGGAGGAUUCGGCGUGAAGACAAUCUUACCACUUGCACGGGCUCUGAAAUGGCGCCAAGACCGGAAGUUCCUGCGAAAGCUGAAUCGGGACGCGAAGAAGGCCGCAAGAAAUGCCAAGCGCGGCAGACCAGACUCGAGUCGACCGCUACACAGCAACGAGGCCAGUGGCAUAGACAAACUUGAAGACGGUGCCGGGGGAAACCCCCCGACUGCUACUGUUGCUGCUGUGGAGUCGACGUCCACAGGUGUUCUGGACGCAGAGAGACGUACUUCGUCACCACCAAAUGAUGGGGGAAAUGGUGCCACAUCGCAGGGGCGAGGGUUGGAAGAGAACGGUGGUGAAGGGCGCGACGGCGGUGUACAAGCGGUGACGGCGCCGCCGCCUGAUACUAGUGCAAGUUCGAGUACGAGCAGGAGCACGAGCAGCAUCGACAGAUUGAGGGAGGAGCUAGAGCUCAGAGAUCAAGUGGGUUCGGGAAUUCCACGCGGUACGGGUGGUCAUAGCGAUACUGGGUCGGAACCAAAGUUGGACUAGCAAGGCGAGGGGAGGGGUGAUGUCUAGCCGCGAACGAGGUAUCGAGAUACUCGAAGUAUGGAUUAGCGUGUCCAGGUGGAUUAUCGUGGCACAUGACCAGGCUUGUGUUGGAAGGGGCGCCAAUGAUUGUCCAGCCCACACUCACUCACGGGUCAAGCCUUUGCUUCUCCUGUGCAAUGCCUCCCUACCCACAGCAGUUGCACAUUCGUUGGCGGGGGUAUUAUUUCUUCUAUUUCGAAGUUGAGCCGUCAACCACCAGGUUCAUAUCUGUUGUCGCCCCUUGCAUACGAAGCGGGCCUAUCCCUAAGUUCUGAAGCAAGGAUGAGGAUGCGGCUUGGAUCACGAGCUCCCCGGCUGCUGGUGCGUAGCCUCGUAAUUUAUGAUGGCUUACUAUUUUCUCCAGCAUCCGCGUGGUAUUUUUGGAGAUGCAACAACCCGGAAGCCCCAUGGUGGUCUUGAAUACUUUACACCUGCGAUUGUGCCGAUGGCGCUUGCCUAACCCGAGGCUCGCGUUUCUUUUUUUUGCCGACUUGUGGGUGUGGGUUGAGGAAGCUCCUUUUCGUCAAAGAACUUGAAACCUACGUUCAACGGCUGCGUGUUCUAGUGUCGUACGAAUCCAAGUUUGAGCACUUUGGUGAAUAUGGUUCGACCUACUACAUGUAGAUCUGGUUCGGAAAGUCUGUAAGGGAGAUCGGCUGGCAAGUAGAAAUGUUCCGUUACCCUGUGAGUUGUGAAGAGCUUCCGAUAUCAUCGUAUCUCGCCCGGAGUACGGGGGUGUAUGGUGUAGGGUUUGUGAUGUUGGUGAGUUGAAUGCAGUAUGUGGGAGUCCCUCGUUGUCCCACGCAUCGCCCCGCGUGGGGUUCUCUCUCGUGGUGGUGGUGGAUAAUAAUGAUAGCGCAAUGUGGGUUGGGGUGAUUCGGUUCUUGGCUCUCUUCUCGGGGUAUUCACCGUAGCUGACUUGUAUUAUUGAAGAUGUGCUACUGUCCACUUUUCACCUCAUCUUUUGUAGUCGGUUCUCUCAAAGUUAUGUUCCCCACCUCGUUGCGUGUAGACCAUCUUGUUGUUACCAUGCGUGGUGGUCGGACGGCUGCUAAACAUAAAAGUCUACAAGGGGGCUCCGCCCGCCCCCCUUGGGGCGCGGCGAGCGUGAGGGCGCGAGACAUCCCAGGGCA